GGAGUGUUAUCACAGCCACAUAAACAGAUCCAGUGCGUCAGACGGCUCGAUUCAUUCAUCUGCGGCUUAUACACUCAAACCAGCACAGAGGCGCCAUUGUAAACAUGGGAAAUCCCAGAGUUUUCUUUGACAUCGCUGUGGAUGGCGCUGACAUCGGCAGGAUCAAAAUGGAGCUCCGGGCUGAUGUGGUCCCGAAGACGGCAGAAAACUUCCGUGCUUUGUGCACUGGAGAGAAAGGUUUUGGCUACAAGGGCUCUUCAUUUCACCGUGUCAUCUCUAAAUUCAUGUGCCAGGGCGGAGACUUCACCAACCACAAUGGAACUGGAGGCAAAUCCAUCUACGGAGAGAAGUUUGCUGAUGAGAACUUCCAGUUGAAACACACAGGCAUAGGGACACUGUCGAUGGCUAACGCUGGGCCCAACACCAACGGGUCCCAGUUUUUCAUCUGCACAGCGUCAACUGACUGGCUGAACGGGAAGCACGUGGUGUUUGGCAACGUCGUGGAGGGAAUAGAUGUUGUCAAGGCAAUGGACAAGUACGGUACAAAGAGCGGUACUCCUAAAGCCAAGGUUGUUAUUGCCGACUGUGGCCAGAUAAAUUAGUCCAUCUCACUCAGUUCUUUUGUGUCAGUCUACUCUCCUGUCAGACUUAUCUUUAUCGUCCACAUCCCAGUUAGUCUUUGAGAUGGUGCAUAUCUACAGUUUGAGUAGAAAAAACACUCUAAAAACAGUUUGUCCAAUAUUCACUCUAUCAUAAUUUGUACCUUCCAGUUUGUCCUUCAAGACCACAUUUAAGAUCUAACUUACAUUGAUGAUGCUGAUGAUGGAUGAUGAAGAUGAUGAUGGUGUAAAUAAAUCAAUUUCCGACUUUAUCUGA